AUGAGCUCAAUGGGACAUCCUUCAAAUACAUCACCAAUUGGUAUUGCACGGAUUAAAGUUGACCCGGAUCCAGAUUUAAGCGGAAUUUUCCAGAACAAAUAUGUGCUGGGAGCCGAUCGUUUUGACAUGUGUUAUCAGGUGGAUCGUACAGUGACAGUAGAAAAGCUAUCAGAAGCAAUAAGACGAUACAUUGCUGCUGCAGUUGACUGGAUUGAUGCGCUUUUUUCACUCGUUAACAUCACUGAUUGCAGUGAAAAGGUUUGUGUGUUGAAAGGCACAUUCGGUGCGUUCUGUACAUUCAAUCAAGCGGCACGUACAGCACAGACAACAUCCGACACAAAUUUGCUGUGUUUAUGCAACAAAACAGUCAUACCACGGCACAUACCACGGCAUCUAGUUGAAAAUAGGUAA